GAUGUGCACCUGUGCGCACAUUCUCAGGAAGUUCCCAUGUUGCCAGGGAUCACAACGACAGUGGAACAAAACAUAGCAGUGGUCUAGAAUCAACUCUGCACAGCUAGAAGUGUCAACACGACCUGAGCAUUCGAAGAUGUUGCGAUUGCUGUUUCUGUGUCUGAUUGUGACUCUGCGAGGAGCUGCUGCUUCCUCAGAGGAGAGUGAAGGAUCAGCAGAUGUAGCAGAUGGCGACGAUGAAGAUCUAGUCAUACAAAACAUGAUCCCAAGGCUCAGGCAAGAUCCCGUGGAUAUCGAACCUGAAACUGGUGAUACUGUGGACACAAACAAGGCAACAGGAGACAAAGUAGCAGAAGAUGGAUUCACUACCAUUGUCAUCAUCGUAGCUGUGAGUGUGGUGGCACUAUCAAUCGUGGUGAUAGUAGCCAUAGUACUGGUCCGGCGCCGCAUGCACAACCGACAGCAAGGGAUCUACUCAGCGCCUGCAGAACAGGGACUGAAAGGAACGGUCUAACCAAAGGAUGAGAUCCAGUCCCAUUGGACGCCUGCAGGGGAGGGCCAAUGAACUGAGCUCUACACCAUACUGCCCUUUGACCCAGGAAGGGAACACUUUCCACCCCAGCCUGCUCUUACUGAACCACUCACUACUGCUCUCCUCUCUGUGACCGUCUGCUACUGUGUCAUGGGUCCCCUCCAAAGCCAGUGUAACUUCGUUUUCUAUAUUUGGUCUCUUGUUUGUUUCUGUCACACAUAUCCCAAGGUAUGUGUGAAUAUUUAAAAGGGGCAAUCUGCAGUUGCUAAAUCCAUUUCUGGAUGUACUCAUUGAUUCUUAAAUAAUAUAUAUGCCUCAGCUUAGUUCAACUGUCGUGCCCCAUCAGAACCCAAAACAUAAGCUUGUUUUACUCCAAUGUUGGCAAACAAAUGCUAUAUAGCCUCAAAACAUAGUUAAAACUAUAAUUUUGAUAUCAUGGAUGAUCAGUCCUUGCAUCCGUAGCUCAUAGCCUAUGAAUUUGAGAAUGGUUACAUUUCUCCAGCCCCAUCCCUCAGUUUUUUACCUAAAUAGGGAGAGAACGCUUUGUUAUUGUUUCAACUACGGAUUGUCCCUUUAAGCUUGGGACACAUUGCAAAAUUUGGAACCAAAGUUUUGUCAUUGGAUUCUAUUGAGAAACCCUGAAGCCAAUGAAUGUGACCAAAUGUGACAAACUCCUUUUGUCCAAAGGCAUAUUUUACAAGAAAAACAUAUAUCCCGCUAGAAGUCAUUUGCAAUUGUUCCGACAGGUUUCUCGGCUCCGUCGCUAAACUAGUCGGUAUUCAGAGUUGAAUUUGGUGCAUUCAGAAUGGGCUUGUUUGAAUGAGACAAGCAAGUUUAAUCCACCCUAAACCAGCCCAGUCCUCACUUCAUUUCCCCAUUCAGCUCUGUGACUUUUCCUUUCCCUGGCCUAUUAGUGACAACAGCCAAUGCAGUUGAAAGAUAAAGCUUGUUCUCCCCUCUUCUCAACCUUUUGAAGGGAAAAAAAAGGAAAAGAAAUGGGUGGAAAAAGCCAGUCAGGUCUGUUUGAACACCCACCUGAGGUGGAGAAUGAAUCAACCUUUGUGAAUGAUGUUUUCUUUUCAACCCUCUCUUUCUUUUUGAAACGCUUUCGUUCAAAACGUCAACCACAUCACCGAUUGUAAAUAGCUCUCGGAUGGCUGAGGGAAGUCUGAUUUUAAUGCUUUAUAGUGCUGGGACGGGGGUGGGAGAAAUCGAGAGGAUAAAAUAAAGUGCAGGGGUAGGUAGGGUCGGGGGUGAGUGGGGAAAUAUGAUGCCCAUGUUUCAUUCAUACUGAGUAUAGGACCACUCCACCAUUGCUCCCUCUCUCUCUUUUCAUUUAAAUGGAAAUCAAUCGUUCCCCGUGAACAACAGCUUUAGGGCCGAGGUGCUGGCUGGCUUAUUUCUUACUCAGCGUUACAGAGAAAAUAAGUUGUUUUGGCAGGGAUCAGAGGACAGUGGGAGGUGGACAUGAUGUGCUUUGGCAUGACAGGGCUAUUCAUUUGAUGCGUUAUCAUGCGGGAACAAGGGUUGUUGUGAGUGUGUGCGAAUUACACCCAAGAUCAAGAAGUUUAGUGUAGUGUUGAAAUCACUGGGUCUGUCAAAACAGCAUUUCCACUGUCUUUCUCCACUCAACCAUACUGCUGUGAUGUCAUCAGCUGGGGAUGGGCUUGGCUGGGUUCCAGGCUGUACAGGAACACCUAUGUGUUAUUAGCGCCUCCAUCUCACUUUGUGUUCUCUGGUUCACUCAAUCAGAAUUGUCCCAAUCUGUUUAAGUUGAUGAAAUUAAAUUAGUAGCUGGUGCUACUAAUAGUGAGAAACAGAUUGUAAAUGCAUACAGUGUGUUAUGUGUGUGUCUGCAUUCUGCAUGUGUUUGUGUUUGGGGAGAUUGUGUAUGUGGGGUUUGAUUGAAGCGUCACAACUAGCCCAGGAAGCCUUUCUUCGAUGUACUCUAGCUCUGACAGCACUUCAAAAGGAGUUUAAUUUGACAUACAGUAAAAGAACAAAACAACUUUCACUUUCUCUUUGUAUAAUGACCACAGUCACAUUCAAGAAAGCCUUUUUCGCUACUCAGAAAUACCCUUAGAAAUACCCUUCACCUACAAAGCAGACAUUGUGGUUAGAAGUCAGCGACUAGUCUCUCUAAGAUGAGUUUUGCAUAGAACAGUUUUUCUUGCUCGUGAUACAAAGUACAUCUAAGAACCAUUCAAGCAAGCAUGUUGAAUAAGCAUGAACCAAACAAAGUGCAAAAAUCCUAAAAGAAGUGGUUUGACCUGUGUAAUGCUCUGUACGUUCAGCUACACUCGCACAUCUCCAUGGCAUUGUUCUCCUUCAAAGCCACUUCAUCUAUUGCAUUGCUAUUGUGAAUGCAACAAAACUGAUUGUCCUCCAUUUAUGUCUAUUUCUGCCUUACAUUGAAAAGGGGAUGAGAUCUUCACAUUUUGUAUUUGGAAAAGAGCUCCAUGGGCUUUUUCAGCUGUGCAAAAGUUUCUCAAGGCCCAUUUUUCAUUGAAUCUUUUUUUUUUCAAGAGAAAGCAUGACCGAGUUCAGCCAAUCCCUGACACUGUCAGACAUGGCUCUCCAAGAGCCAUUACCUAUUACACAAAAGUCCUUACACCCACCCCAGCUCAAAAAAAAAAAAACUGCAUUUGGUGAGAGUUUAGAUUUGUUAAAGGAUUGUGCAUUCUGUCUUUUGAUGAAAAUAGGAAAAUGUAUCAACCAGCAGAUUUUGUUUGAUGGGCUUGAUGAAUUUCAGGGAUGAUGUGUCCUCUGCACAGCAAUACGUUAUGCAAAUGUGUGUACAAAAAAAAUGUUUUCUUUGAGAAGUAGCUUUGUGUAUUAUUAUAUUGUGUUUUUAUGAGAUGUCUGAUUGUUAACUCAAUAUUCAAAUUAUAAUUUAGUCUUAAUUUUUAAGCACACGUCUUCAUCAGUACUCAUAAUGUAAUAAUCAAUGCUGAAAAACCCUGUACAUUCUAAUGUUUGCUCAGGAUCAUUAACUGUUUGUAAUGUACAGUAGCAAAGUGUUUCUACAAUACUCUAUCUCAUCCAUUCCAAUGUCUCUGAAUCUGAGUGUAUUUUAUAAUAACUAGACCUGCACUAAAAGUGUAAUCUUGCUGUUCUACUUGUACUGUAGGUUUCCACAGCCCUUUAAGAAACAUAAUCCCACACAUUUUCCAAUCAUUCAAUUUAGACUAGCAUUACUCAUGUUCUGCAUAUAGCUCUUCUAUAUUAUGGAUUAUGACUAUUUUGACAUUAAAUAUGUUGCGCUAUG